GCCGGGGCGGAGCGGCAGCCGGCAUGGGGGCCGGGGCGCUGGCCGUACGCCAAAGCAAAUCGGCCGUGAGAUUGAAGGAGGAUAUGAAAAAGGUGGCUGUGCUUCCACUGAGCAAGCAGAAGGACACUUCCUGUCCAAAGGUGUUUGGUGUGAGUCUUGUGGAGCUCCAGCAGCAGGGACUGAGCAAAAAUGGAAUCCCGAUAGUUGUGUGGAAUAUUGUGGAGUACCUCACCCAGCAUGGUAUGACACAAGAAGGUCUCUUCAGGGUGAAUGGCAGCAUGAAAAUGGUGGAGCAGCUGCGUCUGCAGUACGAGCGUGGGGAAGAGGUGGAGCUCGUUAAAGAUGCUGAUGUGUACUCAGCAGCCAGUCUACUGAAACUGUUUUUGAGAGAGUUGCCAGAUGGCAUUAUCACAUCUGCCUUAUAUCCCAGGUUCAUUCAGCUUUACCAGGAAGAUGUUUCUAGAAAUGACACGCAGAAGGAAAGUUACUUGAAAGAGCUCCUUAAAGAACUGCCUGAUGCUCAUUACUGCCUGCUGAAGUACCUGUGCCAGUUCCUGAUAAAGGUUGCUGAACAUCACGUAGAGAACAGGAUGAACCUUUGCAGUCUUGCCACUGUAUUUGGACCAAACUGCUUUCACGUGCCCUCUGGAUUUGAAGGGAUGAAGGAACAGGAGAUCUGCAACAAGAUAAUGAUAAAAAUGCUGGAAAAUUACAGUACCUUGUUUGAAUUAGACGGCUUGAAGAAAGAUGAAGAAAAGCCUGUAUGUGAGGAGCUAGCAAGAAUAAUUUUGGUAAAAAUGACCAAACCCCCAACGGAACAACCCAGCCAAACGUGCCUAUUGCCACAGCCAGUCCAGUCAGAUGGAAUACCUCAAGUCAGCCUCCGAUUAACAGACAGUGGUUCAUGUGGGAAGGAGAUGGAUUUAGCAGAUGAAAUCUCCUUUGUUAACAAUGAUGUGUUUUUCUCCAGCUCCCAAGAAGAUGAGCGGCCUAUGUCACCCUUCUAUGUGAGUGCCCACGUAUCACAAGUCAGUAGCAAUGUUCCUGCUACAGGAGAGUAUUUAGAGAAGACAAUCCGCUCAGCCGUGGAGCAGCAUCUCUUUGAUGUUCAUGGCUCAGGUGGCCAGAGUUCAGAGGACUCUGAAUCCGGGACAUCUUCAGCCUCUUCUAAUGUGUCUGCCAGGCAGAGGAGGCGACACCACAAAGAGCAGGAGGAAGCCCGGAGAAACAGAGACAUGGAAGUUGUCAACAAGGAAAACAUUCCUUCUGGAUUCAGCAGUCUUGAAGAUUGUAUUCUAUCUGCUCAAGAUGUAGAAAAACUACAAGACACCAGCUCCUCAUACCUUAGUGAAAGGAAUAAAUCAAAACGGCAGAAAUCCAGCACCAAGCUCUCAGAACUUAAUGACAACCAGGACAGUCCUGUGAGUAUGGAAAACUUUAGCUCAUCCAAGCCUGUAGACAGAACAGGACCUGAUGACAUGGAAAUUUUAUCUCAAGAAAGCAAAGAAAGUGAAAACGAUGAGGUAUUUCUCAGGCAUUCUCAGCUGACUUCGAGUAUGAAGAUUCAAGAACAUCCAAGCAUGCCUGAAAACAAGUUGCAAAGAAAUCAAGAUGCUGAUGAUCAGGAAAACAGCUUUGUAUCUGAAGUGCCUCGGCUGGAUUUAACAUCACUGUGUGAUGACAGCAACUGGGAAGAGCCCAUCCCUGCUCUCUCCUCAUGGCAGCGAGACGGCUUAGACUCAGAUGAGGCUCGCCUUUCCCCGCAGGCCGGGCGCUUGAUUCGCCAGCUUCUGGAGGAGGACAGCGAUCCCAUGCUGUCCCCUCGCUUCUACGCCUAUGGACAGAGCCAGCAGUACCUGGAUGAUACAGAAGUGCCUCCUUCUCCUCCCAAUUCUCAUUCCUUCAUGAGGAGACGGAGCUCAUCUUUAGGAUCUUACGAAGAUGACAGAGAAGACCUUACCCCUGCACAACUCACCCGGAGGAUUCAGGGGCUGAAGAAAAAGAUCAGGAGAUUUGAGGACAAAUUUGAAGAGGAGAGGAAAUACAGACCUUCCCACAGUGACAAAGCAGCCAACCCUGAAGUGCUCAAAUGGACAAAUGAUUUGGCCAAAUUCCGAAAGCAACUGAAAGAGACAAAACUGAAGAUAUCAGAGGAAGACCUUGGCCCUGUUGUGCGCCAGCGCAGCAACACACUCCCCAAGAGCUUUGGCUCUCAGCUGGAGAAGGAGGAGGACAAGAAGCAAGAGCUGACAGAUAAAUCUGCCAAGCCUGCUGUGGAAGUGACCCUUGACUCCAUCCAGAAGAAGCUUCAAGAGAAACGAGCAGAGACAAAUCGACCUGAGGACAUUAAGGACAUGACACGAGAUCAGAUAGCAGCUGAAAAAGUGGCUCUUCAAAAAGCUUUGUUGUAUUAUGAAGGCAUUCAUGGCAGACCGGUUACCAAAAAUGAACGGCAGGUGAUGAAGCCAUUGUAUGACAGGUAUCGCUUGGUCAAACAGAUCCUCUCCAGAGCCAACACCAUCCCUAUUAUUGGUUCCCCCUCCAGCAAGCGGAGAAGCCCUUUGCUGCAGCCAAUUAUCGAGGGCGAAACAGCUUCCUUCUUCAAGGAGAUAAAGGAAGAAGAGGAGGGCUCUGAGGAGGACAGCAACGUGAAGCCGGAUCUCACAAUUACCAUAAAACCAGAUUUCAGUGUGCGCAGCUUCUUGGAUCAACUAGAAGAUGAUGCUGAUGGCUUUGUUUCCCCAGUGGAUGAUAAGAUGCCACCUAGGAGCAGUCAGGAUAUGGGGCUUUCAAAUCUCCAUGAAGCAUCCAUCCCUGAACUGUUAGAGCAGCUCCAAGAAGUCAGGGAAGAGAAAAAGAGAAUCAGAAAAAAAUUGAGAGACUUUGAAGAUAACUUUUUCCGACAAAAUGGAAGGAAUGUGCAGAAAGAAGACCGCACUCCCAUGGCUGAAGAGUACAAUGAAUACAAGCAGGUUAAGGCCAAGCUGAGGCUGCUGGAAGUCCUGAUCAGUAAGAGAGAUAUUAGCUCCAAGAUCAUGUAAAGGAUUUUGCCAAUAAACAAAGAGGAGAGAGCACCAAAUGGACAAAUGCAUGAAGUGGAUGCAGCGGGGGCCUGACUGGGAGAGCUGAGGAGCUCCCUGGGAACUGAAGGGUCAUUCCCAGAGGUGGGAGAGGGAGGAAAGGUGGAUUUCUGUCACUCUCUACAUUUGCUGUUGCCCACUGUUUCUCCAUGCCUGAUGUCCAAAAUGGAGUUUGCCAGUGUAGGAGACACAACUCUGCGCUCAGUGACUGCACUGAAGGGAUCCUUCUGUACUGAUUUGCUUACAGAUCCAUAAUAUUUAGAAUAUCUAAGCCAGCCAUGCUCUUUUUUUUUUUUUUUCACAGGAUAUUAUAGCAAGAGGUAAAAUAGGAUUAAUAGUAAUGAAAUCAUCAAAUAGCUUCUACUUGAGUUGAACAGACAAGUGCCCUGACCAAUCUCAAAUUAAGGCACAGAUCAGGCAGCACCAAGACUGUUCUCCUGUAGCUACAGAAAAGAUUUGCUCAGACUUUUGACCUGUUUGGAGUCCAGCAUCUUCUGUUGCUCUAGAGAAAUGCUGUAAUAAUCUCCUGGUCAUCAGCCAGAGCUGGUGUGAGUUGCAGUUUUACCCAGGCUUGAAUUGGGUUUUCUUCCUACAUUUUUGAUGGGCAGUUCAACCUAAGUAGAAGGAAUGUAUGUUUGGGAUAGCAAAGAAAAUGAGCCAUGCAGCCAGGUUCUUAACAGCUUGUUCUGCUUGGAGGGUGAUACUGAUACAUUCUGACUAUGUUUGGGCAACAGGGAAGAGAAGAGGUUUUGAAAACUAGAAGUCAGAAUCCCUUGGGAUUUUGGUGAUUGGUUAAAUAUCUGGUGUCAAAUAUGUGGUAGCUCUCUGGAAGACCCACCCCAUUAGUACGUGUGCUUCAUCAUGAUACAGACACCUGAGGCCAAGCUGAGCAGUCCACAUGGGUGUCCCACAAACUCACUCACCUAAAUUUUGUUCUUUUGGGCACAUCACCACUUUGUGGGCUGCAGCAGCAACACUGAUGGUGGCAGCAGAGGAUGGGCUUUUCUUCCCUGUGUAGGUGGGUUGUGGGAGUAUAGAGGAGACCACAGGGAACUGAGAGCAUGGAGCUGUGCUCUGCCCGUGGAAAGGCACCUGUCUAGAGUGCAAGCUUUGACAAUUUUCUGUUUCCAAAUUAGUUUAUGACUUUCAAAAAAGAAAGUCCUGGGACACCUGAUUCAGGUGCUCAUGUCAAACAGGUGCUGCCUGAAGGAGAGAAAGAGAGUUCAGGGACACCAAGUCACUGAGGGCUCACAGUUCACAUCCUGGGACACCUGAGCUUGCUCUCCCACUCCAGAAGCUUAUGUGCACCCCUUGGUCUGCCCUGAGCCAGGCUCCACCCUGGUAGCCAAGGGUGGGCACUUCUGUAAUGCUUUCUUCAGCUCCCCAGGGGCUCAUUGCCAAUGUACAGAAGCCAAAUAGCCAAGAUGAAAUCUGGUGUUGGAUGUAGCCAGGCCUCAUGCAUGUCAUACCAGAGGACUCCCAGAACAACUUCUCCCCUUCCUUCUUUAUUAAGGGCAAGUGGACUCACAAAUAGUUGUAUUUGGGUUGUGGUACUUAGGUUUAUACCUUUUCACUUGCCACGUGUGCUGUGUGUGUUCUUGCCAAAAUUGCUGCUGUUUUGGUCUCUUUGGGAUCCCUUGAACUCUUCCAAAGGCAGCCAUGGGCUGCACGUGCCCUUUGCUAGUCAGGGUGGGUGUCCUGGUUUAGGGCAAAUUCCCCCACCUGGUUCGGGAAGAUUUCCUUGGAGAAAAGUGGAAAAAAUACCUGUUUAUUUAAUAAGCAGAGCACCCACAAACAAAAAAUGAACAAUAUCAAACAAUAAAAUCUAUCAUUGUUCUGAAGAAA